UUGAGCGCGCGCCUCACAAUUCAACAGCUCCACAUAGCGAUUUGCAAACAUUGAGUAAGAACAAUAUGACCGAAAAUUGUAGGAAGGUGAACAAAUUUGGCUAGCUGCUAUUAUUCAUGAAUUAGCUAGUUUAGCGACAGGAUGUAACACGCAGUUUAUUUCACUUAGAUAUAUAAUUUCGAUUAAUUGAAAGUAUACCUGGAAAGCCAGAAUGGGAAUCUACCUACUAAGACCUAACUCCCCUGGAUGAAUCACUGAUAAUCUUCCACAUUGAUAUUCAGAAACGUCAUCCAGUAACUCCUUACUUAUAGAAUACUUAAGUAUAUAGAUCAAUUGCACAACUUUUGAGGAAAUGCCAACUCACCUGUUGCCAUAUGUGGAAAGUCCAGAUGGACUUGGACAAGACGUUCUAAAUAUUAGUAGUGGUGCUAGCAUGCCAGGGUCUGGCUCCAGCAUGACUCCUCACAGUGCCACCAUCACUAACAAAGCCGAGGCACAGCCCGAGGGAAGCCUGCUGGAAGCCCUGGACUGUAUGUUUUGUGACCAGACCUUCACACACCAAGAUGACCUGGGCCCACACGUCCUGACCCAGCACCCCACAACACUGUUCGAAACGACAGUUCUGCGUGUGGAGGCAGAGUUCUUGAUCCCAGGUGAGAGGGCCCGGUCCAAACCCAGGUUGCCAUCUGUGAAGGAGGUGGUAUUUAGCUGCGUUGUGUGUGAUCAGGCCACAGAGGGUGCCAGUGAGCUGGAGAGCCACAUGAGGACACACAAGGACUGUUUCACAUUUCACUGUAACUUUUGUGGCCGGCGGUUCAAAGAACCCUGGUUUCUCAGGAACCAUAUGAGGUUCCAUAAGGCUAAGGCCCAGCAGAACCUGGAUGGUCCAGUUAUUAUCAAUGAAGUCAUCCAAGACCAAGUCCCAGAGCCCGUAAUCACCCUUUAUAAAAUGUGCUUUACCUGUGGCUUCUUUUUUCCCGAUAAACACCAUUUGGUGGAACACAGCAAAGUACAUAGUAAAGAAUUAGAGGCUGAUGAAAACAGAGAGAAGGAUAGACAGGAAGAUCCCCUCAGUCAACAAGGUUUUUUGCAGGUACUCAACCUUCGCCCCCUCUCUGAGAAAAGUACUAUACCAGAGAGAUCUUCUAGGUGGAUUGCCCAACUAGACCCUUUCAACACCUACCAGGCCUGGCAACUUGCCACCAAGGGAAAGAUAGCAGUUUGUCCAAGUAUGGCUAAAGAUCUAGGCCUAAUCCAAGACCACAGCUCUAACAACGAGGACUCUGGCUCAGAUAAAGAACUGACAAACAUCUGGUCAGAAGGCCAAGAAGGUGACAACAAGUGUGUUAAAGAAAACUUGGGUAGAGAACUGAGAUCCAGACAGACUGCUGGAGAGACCCCAUCACCAGAACCUGAUCAGAAGUCAAGUCGAAAUGACAAGCCAACGCACUGUGAGGACUGUGGGAGGACAUUCAGGACGUACCACCAGCUUGUUCUCCACUCCAGGGUGCACAAGAGGGAGAGGGAUGAGGCGGAGAGCCCCACCGCCUUCAUUGAUGGCAAGCUCUCCAGAGCAGGGUCCCCCAAAGAAGAGGGGUCUGAAGAAGGGUCAGAUGACGGAGCACCGGGAGAUGCCUUAUUUUCAGAUAAAAGUGAAGAUGGAUUUGAUCAAAUGAAGGUGAAACAUCUUGUGUCCUCCAGGGAGUGUAGUUACUGCGGCAAGACAUUCCGUUCCAGCUAUUACCUCAACAUUCACCUCAGGACCCAUACAGGUGAAAAACCAUACAAAUGUAUAUACUGUGCCUAUGCUGCAGCCCAGAAAACCUCACUGAGAUAUCACUUAGAUAGACGUCACAAGGACAAACCUUAUACUGACAUCCCCAAUAAGCCUGUGAUAUCUGUGCCAUCUCCCAGUGAGAAAGAAUUCACCAGAAACAGAGAUGACAAACGGGUCCCCAACCGAUCCAAACUGUGGCCAACUCCCAAUGUCAGGCCUGCAACCAAACCUUGUGACAUUAUGAAACCAGAAGAUAGAUUUAAUAGCAUCGGUGUCAAGAUUGCCAGCCCACUUGCUCAAGUGAAUGCUGAGUAUGGGAAAUUGAUUUCUACGGAUGCUUACUCUUCUUCUGCACACAUAAAAUGCCCCGUACCUGUUAACCUGAAGAUGGAAGGAAAGGAAAUAAAUGAUGAGGGCUUCAGCACCCCAUUAAAUUUGUCCUUAAAAGUUUCACUUUCCAUCUCCGCCACCCUAAUACCAAGGAAUGUGUUGAUUUCCAAUACAUGUUCGUCCUGUGCCUUCAGCACUAUGUACCCAGAGGUUCUGCUCAUGCACAAGAAGCUGCUUCACAAGGAGAAGUCUGACAUUACUAAGAAGAACAGAAGUCUAAAACUGAAGCGUUAUACUGGCUGCCCCCCUGCCCUUGAGGGCAAAGAUGUCACCCUGCUGCCUCUUGUAGAUCGGAGAUACCCUCGCCGGACCAAAUCCCCAACCCCUCAGUCUCCUGGAAAAUGUACAGGAAAGACUCACCCCUCCAACACUCAUGGGCCUAAACAGUCUCUCACCAAUGAACCCCGGAAGGCGAUGGGAGCCCUGGGCCUGGACAAUCAGCGGUACAGGAUGAUGAUGAUGCCGCCUACCACCAGCCAGGGCCAAUCCAGGUUUACAGAGCCAGCAGAACAAUCCAACACCAAUGGUAGAAAAUAUAGCAAACCUGUAAUGGAGAGACCGAGGCAGAGCCCAUCGGACAGCAGAGUGGCAAGCGGCUUAAGAAGCUGUCCUGUGAGGAGCGGUAGUGUUGUAAUCUGGCCCUCAGAUGCUGCCAGGCUAUGCCUCUCCAGCCGGUUCGGUAGUCUUCCCACAACUGACUUUGGUGGUGAACCUUCCAGUAAGAGGCAGAGAUUUUCUGUGCUCCCCGGAAGGGAAACGGACACUGUUGAUACUGGCUUCAGGAUGGAGGACAGGUACAACAGACUGCUUCCCUCAGGAAGAAAUGUAGCCUCUCCCUCUCACAGGCUGCAAGCCUAUGCCCCAGUCAAAGCGUCCAACCCUCCAGCCUCUGCAAGCAGCAGCAGCAUGGAGACUGACUGGAAUAUGAUCAACAUCCUCCGUUCCUACACCCCCAGUGACCUGGCCUCCCUCUACCAUCCCACUGUGGCUAACCCCAGUCAUGGAGUGCAGACAAACCCAAGAGGGAGUAGGCCAUUACUCUAUCCAGCUAGUAUGCUACAGAGGAGAGCCUAUUCCAGACCCAUCAGUAAUGAAUGCAGUGGACCCACUGAUGAAAGGGCUUAACUGUUCUAAUGGUAUGCUAUUGUUCUGGUUUACUUCACUGGUCAUGUUGUAAGUAACUUUGUCUUAAGUUCUGUGUUGAGAUAAAUAGAAUACAUUUGAUAGCCUUCCGUAGGUUUGAAAUACACUGAGAAGUUCAUGCUACAAUCAUCUUUUGAGAGUUUACCUGGAGGAAAGGCCUGACCCAUAAAUGACCUACCCCCACUGAUCUAUACACAUCCAUCUAAUAUAACAGUUGAGGUAGUUGACAAAUGACUGUUUGAAUAUCAUAUUGUUAUGGUUGCACUAGAUAAAACAUGUAUAAAUGAGAACUGUUAAGAUGAAGUUACCUUUUGUUUAUUAAUAUGCUGGUCUGUCUAAUAUGACAUAGUCAGCAAUCAAAGGACCAUGUUUUUGUCAAAGCACUGAUGUUGGGGAGGGUUUUAUCUGACCUACAGCUUGAGUUCUUAGUUUACAAAACAAAAGCUGUAUGUUGACAUAUCUUGCCUCAAACUCAAUUUAUAGACAGUUGACGCUCAUAGUAGGCAGUUAGUUUUGUGAUAAUAUGAAGCUGCAGUAGCUAUCAUGUCCACUAUUGAGCCAGUGUAUUUUGGAGAGUUGGGAGCAACAUGUCUGUGCCUAUAAGUAGUAGUUAUUCACUGGAUAAACAUGAUCAGAGCCUGAAGCCAGGGAUUCCUGCUACUGGGUAUUAUGUGAAAUGUACAUAGAAAAGGCUGCUGGCUCUGUUCUGCCUAUGGAUUCCUCACAACCGACUAUGCUGUAACAGUGGUAAAACAUGGAUCGAAUAUCUGAGGGAUUCCAGUUUUUGUGCGCACGAAUACUGUUUUUAGAUCGACUGUUUUUCCAAACGGUAUUCAGGACUCUGUUCAUGUCAAGCAGGAUCUUAAGAUAGUCUUUUGCCUCAGGUUGGAUUGUGUUAACUUGUCUGCCUGCUUUGUCACAGGCUUUUCUGAAGCUGUGGUCUACUACUUGUUGAUUCUGUAUAUAAGUCAGGGAGAGCAGAGUGAAAGCCUUACUGCAGGAAUAGCUCAACAUUGUACACUGAAAAAACAAUUGUCUCAGGUUUCAGAACUCAAUUUGAGCUCUAUGAUUCUACUUCAUUUAUGCAUUAACUGUUACAAAUUAAUGCACAUGGUGUAGGAAGCGUUCUGAUAUUUUCAAGCAAUUUGGGUACACCAGACCUCUGUUAUUUCAUAUUUUUGCUGUUAUAAUUUUUAGGGUGUUAUUUAUUUCUGUACAUUUUGUUUGUUUUCUGUGUGUGUGUGUGUGUGUGUGUGCAAUGUAAAAAGUGAAAUAUCGCUCAAGAGUUGUAUGACUAUCACCAUGAGUCAAUGACAUUUGGGGCAUAGACGAGUAGUGUUAUAAUAUUUGUUUGUGCUGUUUGAAAAUGUCUACAGGUAUCUUUCCAUUCUUACUAUAGGCCUACCACCUUCCUGUUUAUGUAACCUUGAAACAACUUUUGAGUUGUUUUUUUUUGUCACUGGAAAUGGACAGUUUCAGACUUCUCCUUUCCUGCUUUCAUAAGUAAAUGGUUAAGUUAUCAUUUAAAUCUAAGUUUGGUUUAUGUAUUAGCCUAGGUAAUUAUUGUGACGGAUACUGGACUUAACCGGGUUAGUUGAAUUUACUACUAUUUGAGAUGCAAUGAUAUGUCUGCCUAUGCUGCUCUACAGUACUGUAUACAGUGAUUUCACCCAGUGUGGUUUACGUUCGCCUAAUAAAUGAUAGCCAUGUCAAUACA